UCCCUUCUCCACACUGGCCUGCCCCGCUUCGCCUCGGGUUCUGUGGACACUAAGUUCGGGGUCUCCCCCCGGCUGCGCAUUUUUAUCCUGGCACGUCCUCUUGGCUUUGCGUCUGGGGAGGUGUCUUCUCUCACCCUUCCGCAGCAUCCCCGCACUUCCCUAGCUCCUUCUCUCCCACUCCUCCCCCACUUCGCCCCUCUCUGCUGCACCGGGGUUGGGAGGGCAGAAUUUGUCUAGGGGCAGCUGGAGCACGGGCCCAGCCCUGCCUCUCUCCCCUGGUCUUCCCUCCUCCUCACUCCCCGCUGCAACCCCCAGAGACUGGAGGCCUUUCCCAGGACCCUCUCCCAGACUUCUCUACUGUACACCUGUGGGGAAGAGGAGGGACACACAUUUGGGAGAGAGAUUGGGAUCUUGGCGUGGGGGUGGGGUGUUAAGUUGGGUGGGAUGAGGGCUGUGGAUGAAGGGCUUCAGCUGUGCAGACUACCCACCCUCUUCUUGGCUCCAAGGAGAAGGGCAAGCCUGGCGGCCAUUCCUCUUUGAGGAAGUCUGGGGGAACCCCACCACCCUGCUGCCGAAGCUGCUGAAGGGACCAGGGAACCACUGCCGGGCCCCUCCACUCUUCACUGAGGUGUCCUCCCACCUCAAUGUUGGGUCCUUCCCCGCCCCCUGUUGCAGUGACCUCCCCUUCCUCCCCGCAUUGACCUUCUCCUUUCCCCACGGAAGGGGUGGGGAAUCCCGUUCACCGCCGGCGGUGGCCCGCUCCUCCCCACCCCCACCCACUGCAGUAACCUCUUUCCCUGCCUUCCUAGCCUCUGGCCCCUCCCACUGAUCUCAGGCUCCACCCCUCUAAGCCUAUUACCUUUCUCCUUACUUCCCUUCCACCCAAGGAGAUCCCAGCCAUCAUGUCGAUAGAGAAGAUCUGGGCCCGGGAGAUCUUGGACUCCCGUGGAAACCCCACGGUGGAGGUGGAUCUCUACACUGCCAGAGGUCUUUUCAGGGCCGCGGUGCCCAGUGGGGCCUCCACGGGGAUCUAUGAGGCCCUGGAGCUAAGGGAUGGGGACAAACAGCGUUACUUAGGCAAAGGUGUCCUGAAGGCGGUGGAUCACAUCAAUGCGACCAUUGCGCCAGCCCUCGUCAGCUCAGGUCUCUCUGUGGUGGAGCAGGAGAAGCUGGACAACCUGAUGUUGGAAUUGGAUGGUACAGAGAACAAAUCCAAGUUUGGGGCCAAUGCCAUCCUGGGUGUGUCCCUGGCCGUGUGUAAGGCAGGGGCAGCUGAGCGGGAAUUGCCCCUAUAUCGCCACAUUGCUCAGCUGGCUGGGAACUCAGACCUCAUCCUGCCUGUGCCGGCCUUCAAUGUGAUCAAUGGUGGCUCUCAUGCUGGGAACAAGCUGGCCAUGCAGGAGUUUAUGAUCCUUCCAGUGGGUGCCGAGAGCUUCCGUGAUGCCAUGCGACUUGGGGCGGAGGUCUACCACACGCUCAAGGGGGUCAUCAAGGACAAGUAUGGCAAGGAUGCCACCAAUGUGGGAGAUGAAGGUGGCUUUGCCCCCAAUAUCCUGGAGAACAGUGAAGCCUUGGAGCUGGUGAAGGAAGCCAUUGACAAGGCUGGCUACACGGAAAAGAUUGUCAUUGGCAUGGAUGUUGCUGCCUCAGAGUUUUAUCGUGAUGGCAAAUAUGACUUGGACUUCAAGUCUCCUGCUGACCCUUCCCGAUACAUCACUGGGGACCAGCUGGGGUCCCUCUACCAGGAUUUUGUCAGGGACUAUCCUGUGGUCUCCAUUGAGGACCCCUUUGACCAGGAUGAUUGGGCUGCCUGGUCAAAGUUCACAGCCAAUGUAGGAAUACAGAUUGUGGGUGAUGACCUGACAGUGACCAACCCAAAGCGUAUCGAGCGGGCAGUGGAAGAAAAGGCCUGCAACUGUCUGCUGCUCAAGGUCAACCAGAUCGGUUCAGUCACCGAAGCCAUCCAAGCGUGCAAGCUGGCCCAGGAGAAUGGCUGGGGGGUCAUGGUGAGUCAUCGCUCAGGAGAGACUGAGGACACCUUCAUCGCGGACCUGGUGGUGGGGCUGUGCACAGGCCAGAUCAAGACUGGUGCCCCGUGCCGUUCUGAGCGUCUGGCUAAGUACAACCAGCUGAUGAGAAUUGAGGAAGAGCUGGGGGACGAAGCUCGCUUCGCCGGACACAAUUUCCGCAAUCCCAGCGUGCUGUGAUCCUACUUGCCUGGAGACCUGGACCCCCUCCUAUCCUCUUGGAAUCCCUUCCUGUCCUACUCUGUGACAUUUCACCCCAGACACCCCAGCUGACCUACUGCGCUGCUCCUGGGCUUGUCCCACCCCUGCUGUCUCUGCUCUCCCCCUCUCGGUCCCACAUCCUUCACUUCUCCUUCCUUCCUAUUUUCUGUCCUCAAAAGACUGGCCACAGGACUGAGGAUUAUAGGGUGUCCAUGGAAGAAUGAUCAGGGUCUGUGACAGGAGCAUCAGGGUUGGUUGUUGAGGUGUUUAGGGAGGGGUCAUGUGUCACUUGUGCUGGUUCCAUGUCUUUUCUAUGUUGCAUAUGAGCCAGGCACUGCAUGGUGCUAAGGUGGAGGGAGGUGCUGGCUGCUGGUCAUGCCUGGCCUAAGGUUUUAGUGUGUUAUAUUUAUUUAUUUAUUUUUCAUUCAUCCUGUUGAUUAAUUAAUCAUUUCCCCAUAACUCCAUGGUCAAAAACUAGCCUGACUGGAGGAGACUAUGUAUUUCACAUGGCUGUACAUUCCAAGAUGGCCUGGGAUGGGAAGUCUUGCUGGAAUGCUAAGGGGAGCAGAAAAGUUCUUGCUGGCAGUUCCUUCGUGUGUAGCAACCCUUCACUGAAACCUGGCUGGGGCCAGAGAUGGGGCUGUGCGCCUGGGGACUCUUCCCUGUAACUCUCUUCCCAGCCCUACUUUCCCUGUUCUUCCUCUAGCUGCACCAGAGCAGUGUCUCACUCCCGAGUGCCAUGUUCCACAGUCACCACCACCUCUGACAUUGAAAUACCAUUAAAGUCCGAUUCACAGUG